CAUUCAUUGACCAAAGUGCAUCAUGGGGCUCGGAUAAUAACAACAAAGGAGCAAGACUGUACUUCGAUUAUGCUUCAGUAAUGGUGCUGUAAACGCUAAAUUAUUUUGCACAGUUGUCCGAAUUUGUUUAGCGAAGACCUCACAACUGCUGUUGAAUCUAUAAUAUGCAACAAUGUACAAAGAGAAUCGAUUAUGAAGUUUAAAUUAACUAUCUGUAAGUUGUGCUCUUGCCAGUUUUCCGUAUUUUCUUCUUCGUGUAGUUUUUUUACUAUUAUUAUUUACUAAAGCGAUUUUUAAGGACCAGUUGUUUAAAGAAAUAGUUUUUUUUCUUCUUUUCUGUAUGGAAAGCAAAAUAAUGCAGGUUUCCAACUCAAGCACAGAGCCAGAGUCACUCCAGGCACCUUCUGCAGAAAUGUCAACCAGCAGAGCUGGGACAUCCCAGAAUGCACCUGCAAAAGGAAAAGGACUUUUGAAAAGGAAAGCUGGUUCUCUUAAGGAUGACAAAAGCAAAAAGAAAAAGAGAAAAAAUGUCAAACGAACUGUGAGACCAAAUUACACCAUCCAGGAGGGAGAGGACAUGCUUUUGAUUAUAUCAAAUAUAAGUAGUGGUGACAGUAUAUGGAAGCCCAAGCGGAAGGGAUGUAAGAAAAAAAAGUUAAACAAAAAAGGGAAAAGUAAAAUCUCUGCUAACAAAACUAAAAAAGCACCAGUAAAAGCUAAAAUCCCCAAAGUCACAGAAGAAACUACUGAUAAAAAUGUUGAUUUGGACAAUGUGAAUGCUGUUAGGUUUGACCACUGGGGUCAGAGUUUACCGAUAGAGGUCCUGGUGAAAAUCUUUCAGUUUGCAGUUCACCAGGAUGGAGCAGUUCCUUUUCUGUGCAGGGUUGGCAGAGUUUGCCGUCUAUGGAAUGGAGCUGCAUCCUCUCCGGUCCUGUGGCGCAGUGUGUCAGUUGGCUACUGCUGGAUUGAACCUGGUAAGAGUCAGUUACCUGGGACAGAACAGAAGAUUAGGAACACUAUAGACUGGCUAGCUGAAAACAGAUUGUCUCAGCUGAGGGAGUUUUCCCUUUGCCACUGGAAAAAACAUGUUGACUAUGUUAUCCAGAAAGUUUCACAAUCAUGCCCAAAUCUUCAUUCUCUCAAGCUGUCUUACUGCACGGGAAUGACAGAAACAGCCUUCCAAAUUCUUGGUGCUGACUGUCGUUCAUUAGAGAAUAUAAAUGUGCAACACUCAGAGUUUAAUGUUGAUGGUCUGGUGUCCUUCCUUGAGGCGUACGGCAACCAAAUAAAGAAAAUUUACUUCACGCACAGCACCAAGAGUGACAAACUGCUCAGUGCUUUGUCUAAAGGUUGCUGUCCUGAGCUCAGGCUGCUGGAGAUCAAUACUAAAUUAGAUGGAGGAUACUGCCAGCUUCCCAUCUGCAUUCAGGCUUUGCAGAUUGGAUGCCCUAAACUUCAGACUUUUAGAUUGAUGAAUGUCACUCCAGUUCCUAAAAUGAUCCGCAACACACCCAGUUCAACAUCCGGUUUUCCUAUGUUAGAGGAGCUGUGCAUUGCCACUUCCUCUCACUCCUUCAUGACAGACAGUGACCUGACCAAUGUGCUGCAUGGCUCCCCCCAUCUGCGUGUGCUAGACCUGCGUGGUGCCUCCCGCAUCACAGCCACAGGCCUCUACGCUCUGCCUUUUGAGAAACUGGAGUGUCUAUAUUGGGGCCUGUACUUCAAUAGCAAUACCAUGGUAGCAUCCAAGAAAGGAAUACACAUGCUUGCCCAGAAAUGGAGCAGCACCCUCAGGGAGCUUGAUUUGGCCAACCAGCCAUUUUCAGAGGAAGACAUGGAGAUUGCCAUGGGACAUCUUGCACAUGGUGCUGGAGUUGAUUUGUUUCGCUCCCUGAACCUCAGUGGUACAAAAAUCAGUUCAUCUGCACUCAGGUUAUUCAUAACCCAGGCACCAGCUCUGAAGUACUUGAAUCUAUCUUCUUGCCGGUAUCUGCCCAGAGGGCUCAAACGAAUAUAUCAUGGUCAAGAAGACAUUCAGCUUCUCCUGGACAAAUUAGGCUGAACAUGUGUGUAGCGCAGGAAUAUUGUUGUGAUUUUGUAUAUAAAGAUAAAGCCAUUUCCCAGUUAAAGGAUUAGUUCACUUUCAAAUAAAAAUUUCCUGAUAAUUUACUCACCCCAUGU